GAUCUCCGUGUCUAACAAAGCGGAAUUUCUUUAAAGCGAUCCAAAUUUUACUCCAAAAAAUGUAACCAAAAUGGCGCUGACAAUAUCACUCUGUAUAUUACUCGCCCUAAUCAAUGUUACAUCAUCAGACAUUCAUCCAAACGAAACAUUUAUCAAAGACCUGGACAGUUUGAUAAGUGAGAAAGUCAUAGACACAUUGAUAUCGGAUAGUUUUAAAAUAAGAAAAUUAGAGGCUAUCAAUGACAUAAGGAAGAGAGAUAUUAAUACAACAGAGGAAUCAAGUAUAGAAAGUACUGAUGAUGAAACAGAAGACACAACCAUUUACUAUGAAUACAACAGCUCUGAGGUGUGUGUUGGCGAACCAGAUUACUGUAAUAUGACAAGAGAGGCAUACUUUCGAAUGAUUUACGAUUAUAUAUACCCUCAAACAUAUGAAUGGGUGUUAAUAGCGACAAAUGCAAUAGUCUUCGUGAUUGGUUUAAUAGGAAACGCGUUAGUUUGUAUCGCCGUGUACAGGAAUCAUUCAAUGAGGACUGUGACGAAUUAUUUUAUAGUGAAUCUAGCGGUGGCUGAUUUUAUGGUGAUUUUGAUUUGUCUGCCUCCAACGGUACUGUGGGACGUGACGGAAACAUGGUUCUUCGGGACUGCUAUGUGCAGAAUUGUUCUGUACUUUCAGUCAGUAUCGGUGACAGUGUCAGUUUUGACAUUGACGUUCAUCUCGGUUGACCGCUGGUACGCCAUUUGCUUCCCGCUCAAAUUCAAAUCCACCACAAGCCGAGCGAAGACCGCCAUCUUGAUUAUAUGGGUGCUGUCUUUAUCAUUCAAUAUACCAGAGUUUGUCGUGCUACAGGUGGAACACCGAAUGCAAUUGCGAUUCGAUGCUCAGUUUUUUAUGCAGUGCUCGCCGACUUGGUCAGACGAAAGUGACCUUACCUGGCAUAUUAUUAAGGCCCUAUUUCUGUACACAUUCCCUCUUCUGCUGAUGAUGAUAGCCUAUUGCCAGAUUGUGCGAGUCCUCUGGAGGUCAGAUAACAUACCUGGGCAUACAGAGUCUCACAAGCUUUGUCCUGGACAAAAUAAUUGGCUAGCAGCUAACAGACGCACUACGCCGUCAAUUCACACAAAUGCUUCAACUGAAGGUCAACUUCGUUCAAGACGCAAAGCUGCCAAGAUGCUGGUAGCUGUUGUCAUUAUGUUUGCUGUCUGCUACUUCCCUGUUCAUCUCGUAUCUGUCCUGAGGGUGGCAUAUGACGUCAGGCAAAGCGACAUCAUGACCUGUAUAGCUCUGAUCUCGCAUGUGAUGUGCUACGCCAACUCAGCUGUCAACCCGCUAAUUUACAACUUUAUGAGUGGUAAAUUCAGACGCGAGUUCCACCGUUCCUACUUCAAAUGCUGCUGCUGUCUUCCACCGCCUGAGCAGAACGUAUCGUUCGCUCCCAUCGGCAGCUCUAGAACGGGAACCACACGAACUGUCGUACGGCGGAACGACUCCUGCGCGAGCUACCGUCUCACUCACCUCUCGCCAUCGAAUAACAUUCACCGCGAUCUGCGAAACACAAACACGUCGUUCAUCGAACAUAUGAAUGGAAAUAGACGGCUCAAGGUACGUGAUGAUUCGAUCAGUGAGUCAGCUAGAUUUACAUUGACAACAGAUGUCAGGGAAUGACAGAAUUAUAGUGAAAGAAGAGAAUGCGAUUGUUUUAAGAGAAAUGAUGAAAGUUACGAUACCGAUCAUUGUACUGAUGCUACGGAAUUGGAGAGAUCUAAAUUUAGUCGUAGUUUAAAUUAUCAGAGAAGAUAGAUAAUGUGUGUUAAUGUAAAUUUAUGGAGUGGAGAACUUAAUGUCAAUAAGCCAGUUCGUUUGCCAACUCACUUCAGUCAGCGAAGAUGCGUCAACUAAAGCAUGAGUAACACAAACCUACGGAAUUCGAAAAGUCGAGCCGUAUUUUUUUUAUAAAUAAUUUUUGAACAAAUAAAAUACUGUUUGUAAAUGUACAAGCCAUAAUAUUGAUAAGUGUAAUAAUAAAGUAUUUGGAUAUAUUUGAUUUAUAUAUUUAAACAUAUGUUAUACAAAAAAUUCACAAGCUACAUAAAGAUCUAAUUAGUGUAUGGUUCCAGGUUGAAAGGAAUUUUUGCUUUGGAAGGCCUAAGCGAAACAAAGAUACUACUUUUAUUUUGUGUUAAAAAUAUUUAUUGAAAUAUU